CUACGACAGAAGGUAAACUGACGGACUAGGAGCAGUGGCGAUGUCAGAUGAAACGAGAGCCCCUUUGCUCUCAAACACAGACUGCACAGAUGAUGCUUUACUUGUAGCUCCUGACAGGACCACAGUGGCCAUAGUGGGUUCUGGUGACUUCUCACGCUCCCUGGCUGUCCGGUUGGUGGCGUGUGGUUUCAAUGUGGUUGUAGGAAGUCGCUGUGUGAAGCGCAUUUCUCCUGGUCUGUUUCCUGACACGGUGGAGCUGCACAACCAAGAGGGGGCGGUAAAAAGGGCCAAGAGAAUUGUCUUCCUGGCCCUUUAUCCUGAGUACUACUCAUCUCUGCUGGGUCUCAGGGCAGCAUUGACUGGGAAAAUCCUUGUGGAUGUGAGUAAUGGAGUAGAAAUGAACAGCGAGAGGCAGUCUAAUGCGGAGCAGCUAGCCGUAAUGUUCCCAGAAAGCACGAUAGUUAAGGGGUUCAACACAAUCUCAGCAUGGACACUGCAGACUGGCUCACAAGAUGGCACCAGACAGGUGCCGCUAUGCAGUGACAGUGCUGAAGCAAAUGAUGAAGUUGCCCAACUCGCCCGUCGCAUGGGCUUUUACCCAACGGACAUGGGAGGCCUGUGUCAAGCAAGAGAUCUUGAAAAGGCAACACUGCGUUUUUUCCCAUUAUGGCGCAGCCCUGUCAUCAUCAUCUUCCUCCUCUUUCUUUUCUUCUAUGGGUAUGGAUUCCUUCGUGGGAUCCUUCUGCCCUACCUGGCCAAUGGGCAGAACUCUUUCUAUCGCUUAAGCCUCGACCUAGUGAAUGAGAGCCUUUCGGCUGUGGCACUGGUCAGUCUGGCACUGGUUUAUCUACCGGGACUGUUUGCUGCAUGGUUACAGCUGUGGAGAGGCACCAAAUAUCGGCGUUUUCCUCGCUGCCUGGAUGCCUGGCUGCUGCGGAGGAAACAGCUUGGUCUUCUGAGCUUCCUGUGCGCUGCCCUGCAUGGAGUGUAUAUCCUCUGCCAUCCGCUGCGCACUGCCACACAACACAGGCUCAUCAAUGCUGCUUACUCACAGAUGAAAGCUGGUAUGGAGAAACCGUGGGAUGAGGCAGGGGUUUGGCGUUCUGACCUGUAUCUGUCUUGUGGUGUCUUGGGGUUGGGAGCACUUGCCCUGUUAGCCAUCACAUCAUUUCCCUCAGUUAGUAAUGCCCUCACAUGGAGAGAGUUCACCUUUGUUCAAUCUGGGCUGGGCUACGUGGCCCUGACUCUCUCAGUCAUGCAUGCAUUGCUGUUUGGCUGGGAUUUCUUUUUGUCUCCCCAAGUGUAUCCCUUCUACAUGCCUCCUACCUACAUGCUAGCUGUGGCUCUGCCAUGUGCUGUGCUGGUGUGCCGCUGUUUCCUGUUGUUGCCAUGUGUCUCUACCAGGUUGGCACGAAUACGCCGAGGCUGGGAGAGAACACGCAAAUGCCCUGUACAGCACCAUCUAGUGGUGGACGACAGGACACAUCCACAAGUUUAACAGAGACGAGAGUUAUUACAGUAAGAAAGCUUAAACAGACAGUACAAUCCAUCUUAUCUUCAACAGGCACAGCUGUAUGGACUGGA